AUGAGAAGGGAGCGAGCAGCUUCUCGCCGUCUCCUGCAGGGGGAGCCCGGGCACACUGAGCGCAUGUCAGCCGGGGGAGCGACGAGCAGCUCUCAGCUGAAGGAAAACUACAACUCCCGAAAGGCAUCGCGGCCGGAGGCAGUCCGCUUUCUGACAGGCCCUCAAGCYCCUCACGGAGCCUCCGCCUUUCUGGCCGUCUCUGGAGGUCGGCCGCCCUUCCGCCUUGAAAUUCCGCAUUCGCCAACAGCGGACGGUCGGGAGCUCCGUGGGGAGCACGAGAGCCCCGCGCCGCUCGUCUACACUCAGAGCGUCACCACGGCAACGGGAAACAGCGGUUCGGACGGACAGCGGGAGGGGCCAAAUUUCCUCACGAAGGACGGUUUCACGUUCCUGGGACGCUGGGCGGUGCCCUCGGCGUGGGACAGAGCACUUUGCAGCACCUUUGUUCGUGGUUUUGGUGUCUGGGGGUAUCUUUCUUGUAUACUUGGCAUUGGAUCUGUUAUUACUUUUACAUCAGCCAUGGGUUUCCUUGGAAUUGUUGUGGAAAUCAAAUGUCUACUAGUCCACAAUCAAUGGAACAGCAGAAUUGAUGAUUUUGUUUCUGAAUAUGGGAAUGAGAGUGUGGCUGAGCAGGAACCUGUGUAGAACAUUGUGAAUGCUAUGCAGCACAAGAUGGAAUGCUGUGGAAGACACAAUGGCACAUAGUGGGAAAGGAACAAAUCCAAGAAUAAUAGCACUCAUUUCUCAUGUUCAUGAACAAAAUGCAAUCUGAAGAAAUGGUUUUGUGAUGUCCCAAGGGAUUUAACAUAUAGUAUGGGAUGUGAAGAAAAUUUAAAUACAUGGUUUGAAAACAAUGCUUUAACUGUAAUUACUAUCAGCCUACUAACAACACAGAUUUUUUUGAUUACACUUACUCAUCAGCUAUUUCCAAAAGUCAGGAAGAAUAAUAUUUGGUCAAAUGAGUCAUGA